UGCUAGAAUCUGGACACAUUCUGAUUGUUUGGCAAAUAAGACGCACGGAAUUUGUUAAAAUCGCUGUAAAUUGUAAACAAUUAAUUAUGGAAGGCAACCACGACCUGUCCGAUGAGUUAAUACGGCGCCUAAGCUCAGGUGGUCUCGAAGAAGUGAUGGCAAGUGAAAUCUUUGAGGAAACAAACAUCUAUGAGGAUGGGAAUGAUGUGGAAAACGAACCCGACGACAUUAUCAUUGUGCACAUGGACAUCCGGGAACCGUUGAGCACGCUGAAAAAGCUGGUGGAGCAAAAGAUUGGCGUGGAGUUGCAUUACUACACAUUCUGCCUGCAGGAUGCACAGGAGCUAGAGCCGCACAAAAAUCUGGUCGAUCAAUGCGUCAAGGGCGAGGGAUUGGUUCAGAUCAAUGUACAAAUCCAAACGAUACGCAAGAAGAUCAAUAUUGCGGACGUGCUGAAGCCCACAGAAGCAGCGCUGGCCACGCUAGCCAUCGAGGAAGCUUCACAACCGCAUCUGCAGGACAGCGACAAGAGCUCGACAAGCGAUAGUCCAAGCAAAGCUUCCAAAAAAAACAAAAGAGAUGACGAUAAGGAUGCGGAUGGCGAGGUGACGAAGCCGGUGCUCAACUGGGUGCUCGAUAGCAAAUUCAAGCGUGAGCAAAUACGCCUCAAAAUACCCGAAGCAGUCAGUGAAUGGUCGCAGGCACAUGUUGCUCAUUGGUUGGAAUGGGCUAUUAAGGAAUUUGAGCUGCGUGAUCUUAACGUGGAUGCGUGGUAUAUUAAUGGACAAGCGUUAUGUGCCAUGACGCACGAGGAGUUCAGUCGCAAGCUGCCGCGUGAUCCGGGUAAUGUGUUCUGGACACAUUUACAGCUGCUCAAGGAGUGCAACUUUGUUUCUGUGGUGCACAAGCAGGCGGAGGAAUUGCGCAAACCCAAGCAAGCGAAACCAGCGGGCACAAUGUCAGCGACAACGACGAGCACAGGAGGCCUGGAGCAGCGUAUUAUGCGUAAAUCAUAUCAGAGUGUUAAAAGCAAUGACUCCUCGGAGAGUUCGCCGGCACCGCAGAGUCCCAGUCAUCACAACAGCAUUGGUUCGGGGAACAAUGGCCAGGUGCAGCUGUGGCAAUUUCUGCUCGAAAUACUCACGGACAGCGAGCACACGGACAUCAUUGAAUGGGUGGGCACCGAUGGCGAGUUCAAGCUGAGCGAUCCGGAUCGUGUGGCACGCCUUUGGGGCGAGAAGAAGAACAAACCCGCCAUGAACUAUGAGAAGUUGUCGCGUGCGUUGCGUUACUAUUACGAUGGCGACAUGAUAUCCAAGGUGUCGGGCAAGCGGUUUGCCUACAAGUUCGACUGUGAUCUAAAGCUGCUAAUUGGCUACGAUGCCUGCGAGUUGUCACGCUUGGUGAACGAGCGCAAAUGGACAGAUCAUCUGCAGACGACACGCAAGGAGGCCAGCAAUGAGGCAACAUGACCUGACGACGAUGACGACAUCGACAUCAAGAAGCAGGAUCCCAGCAUUCUAUGGAAAUACGAAGCGCCUUAGCGACAGCUGAAACUGUUGUUAGUUAUUAGUGUAGAUCAAUAAGACAUUUGUAGAGUUUCGACUUAAGCACAACAUAUUUUUUAUUGUUCAUAUAAUGUACUACUAUGGUAUAUAUAUGUGUGUGUGUGUUGUAUUCAUAUUCACUAAGCAUUAUAAUCUCUAUAAAUAUCAUAUACAUAUGGUAGGUACUAUAAGUUAUGAUAAGACAUAUUCAUUAGCUCCUAGCUCUCGAUACAUAUAUGUAAUUUGUUCAUUGUUUACAUCGUUACAUGAUUUUGUUGGCGAUUUUUUGUAAAAUCCAUAAAAAAAAUUCAAUUCAUUUCACGCGAUAUUCAUAAACUCUCUUUCUGUGAUUUUACUUGACUAGUUCGCUCUCUAGGCUAGACACUACUAACUAACUAACUAAUUUUAGUUAUAGUUAUACAAGUGUACUAAACUAAACUAAACGUUAACAUUUAGCGACUCGUUAUCUAAAUGUGCGUCUCAGUUUUCAUUUCAUGAUGAUGAUGGCCUGACGGAAUGUGGUCAACUUUGUGUGUGUUUCGCUGAUCAGAUCGCUGCACAUUUGUGUUGUUGUGUAGCGACGACAGCUGCGUUUUUUGUGCUAGGAUUAAUACUUCGGAUUAAAGUUAAGAUUAACA